AUGGAAUCGAAGAACAUGGAUCGCUUGAUUGUUGCGCAAUUUGAGGCGAAGAAGCCUUUAUACGGCGUUUAUGAACUUCAAACUAGCAGAAAUUUUCCCCAUCCGAGGCUGAUCAAUCAACCUGACAUAAUUUAUAAUCCCGCAAUGAAAGAUGGAACACAUAUUAUGUCCUACUGCUCUAAUUCACUCAAAAGUCACGAGAUAGCAGAUAAAAUCACUAGUAAGCUGACUAACAUAACACCCAGAGCCCAUUUUCAUUGGAGCGAAAACAUUGAGCCAGAAAUGGAUUGUUGGAAAUCACUUAAAUUUGUAGACAGCCCAGAAGAGAAGAUCGAUGACAAUAUCUUGUCCAAGUUCUCACCAGAAAUGGAAAAAAAGCGCACCAACCAGGUAAUCUUAAACUUAGCAUUUCAUGGCAUCAUUGGAGUAGAUGGAGUGAACAGAGAGUACGCCCCUCCCAAGGCCGAACAACCUAUCGUUGUCACUUUGGAUCAACCAAUGGAACUAAGUUCGUUGCUAUUAAAUGGCGAGUUUAUAGAGGGGGAGAAAACAGCCUUUGGGCAGGAGGCGCUUGCUUGGUAUCAAGGACAUCUACAUUUAUUUAAACGAAACUGUGAAAGAAAUGCUUGGCUGCCCGUCACGACAAUAGGAUAUGAGAUUAACAACGGAUUGCUGAUUGCAAACUUUAUUAAUGUCAACUUUCCUGAAAUAAUCAAUAACUGGAAAAAUUAUUAUAAAAAAUGUGCAAAAUAUAAAGAAAAAUUAAAAAGAUUAACUCAAAGUUAA